GGCGGGGGUGGCCGUGCGCAAGCGCUGUAAAUGAGCCGGGCCGGGCUCGGCGGAGGCAGUACGCGAGUCACUUCAACGGCUGCGUCGCAGCGGUCAUUCGCAGAGAAAUAUAACGUGUUGCUGGUGGUUAUAGGAAAAGGCCGGGACAGGGCACGCGUACUGAAGAUGGAGGAAGAUGAAGAGGAAGACUACAUGUCUGACUUGUUUCUUAAGCAAGAUGUAAGGCCAGGCCUGCCCAUGGUGAGACGGCUGAAGGAAGCUAUUCAGAAAGAGGAAAAGCAAAAAGAAGCCAAUGAGAAGAACAGACAGAAAAGCAUAAAAGAAGAAGAAAAAGAGAGACGUGACUUGGUAUUGAAAAGUGCAUUGGGCAAUGAAAACAAAGGCUUUGCUCUACUCCAGAAAAUGGGCUACAAGAGUGGCCAGGCCCUCGGCAAAAGUGGAGGAGGCAUUGUUGAACCUAUUCCUCUGAACAUAAAAACAGGUAGAAGUGGGCUUGGUCAUGAGGAGCUGAAAAAGCGAAAGGCUGAGGAAAAACUGGAAAACUACAGACAAAAACUCCAUAUGAAAAAACAAGCAAAUGAACAAGCUGCAGAUCAGUUCAGGGUGAGAUUCAAAAACAAACAAGAAGAACGUAAGGUGGAAGGGGACCUCCGGAAAAGCCAGAGAGCCUGCCAGCAAUUAGAUAUGGAAAAAGAUAUUGACGUUCCCAAGGAGACUUGGUAUUGGCUGGAACCUCAAGAGGAUGAGGAAGACAAGGAAGAUGAUUGCACAAGCUCAGAGUUAAGUGUACCAGAGAAGCUACACAUCCUGACUGCCUAUUUGAGACAACAACACUUCUAUUGCAUUUGGUGUGGAACAACCUACGAAGCUGAGGUGUGUGGACUCAGGCCUUACAGAAAUAAACCAAGAGGAAAAAGCAAACAGGGACAGCACUCUAGGUAUACAGAUUCCUCUGGCCUGCAAUCAGCAUGCAAUACCACCAGCAAGGCAAAAUGAUGACGGGGAGACUUUUAAAAUACAAAGAUUACAUACCUUGCUCUUCUCAUGACGACUGACUGCUGAAAGAAUUUCAAACCAAAUUAAUCCCAGUGCAUAAAUAUCUACCUCCUUUCCAUAUCUGUCUCCGAACUACAAAGAUUAAAACAGGAACAAUACAGGUGUCAAGUCCAACUGAACAGCAUUUCUUAAAGCCAAAUUUAAAGUCAGUAGAAAUGUCCACUUGAUCUUCUUAGUCAUUAACCCUGAUACAGACCUAUACAGAUAAGGCAUGCCAGUAUAUCUCUCAGAAAUAAUGCAACAAGAUUCAAGUGCCACAGUUAGCAUAGAUCCUAAAUUCAAAUUUAAAUAUGUGGCUGGCAGCCUGGUUUUGCAAGAGCAUUCCUUACAGCAUGGACUGUCGGACCCCAGUGAAACAAAAUCACAACACUUGCAGAUGGCUUUCUCCAGAAUUCAGUUAUCCUCACAUACAGUCACCAGGGAACUUUGGCAACUUGGUUUAGUACUGAGAAUAGGAUUGGGAACAUUCAGUGCUGAGUUUAUAAUGCAAAUCCAGUUACAGCAACACUAAUACAGCAGGAUAAUUACCUGUUCUGGUGCCAUAUACGAUUUUGUUCCUUUGUCCUCAGUCCGUGUCUCAUACUCCACAGAAGCCACGAGACCGAAGUCACCUAUUUUUAUUUUAUCUUCAUGUGAUAUGAAUAUAUUCUGAGGCUACAAAUAUAUUUUAAAAAAAUGAAAGUAAUAAUCACUAUAUGACCAAGGUUUAUCAAGCAUAAUCAGCCACAGAUGUGGUCCCUGUAAAAUUUUAUAAUUGUUCACAAAUUUGCAUUAAGAAACUGAUGAGGUGGGAAAGAGAAAAAGAGUUCAAUUAAUUUUUAACAACACAAGCUAAAUUUAUAGUACAUGUCACAGUGAUUGCAACUUUUUUUCCUACUAGCUCAGUCAUAACCCUGUCAUGCUUUAAUACCCUUCAAAUACAUUGUGCAUAUAGCAUUUUAUAUCAAGAAGUGAGUUUUAGUCUUCAGUCCUUGCCCUGGGAUUUGCUACACUUGGGCAAAGCAUUUAAGCUCAAGUAGAAUUCUGCUGAAAUCAUAGUUUCUUUUUAAGCACAGCAGGAUUAUUGCAGUCAACUGCAGAGUUAGGGCUUAAUGACAGGCAUCUCAUAGUAUCACUUUUACAUUUCCACUGAAGUCAUCAUUUUUAAACUUUAAAAAGUCAUGAGCAACUAAAAAUAGAAUUGGACGUGCUUAGAUGAAGAAUUCCAAAGAAAAUAAACCACAUUUCUAAAUCUUAUUAAAAUAAAACCAAAUAGCUUCAUGCUGUCUUAAUCAAAGAAGGUCCAGUGGACUGUUAGGCCAAGAGAGACUUACUAACAGGAUGAGAUCUUUGUCUCAAGAUUGUGCAGUGUAGGUUUUCUGUUUAAGUUUGACAAUGUCCACACACAUAGAGUACAGAACCUAUACCUGACUACACUAUUUCAAGACUCUGUUCGUACCAGCCACAAAUGGGAUUCAUCUCAGCUUGAACCUAUCCUGCAGCUUUGAUUCUGGCAUAUGGAGGUCUCAGAUAGCCAAGCAUCUAAGUUGACAGGACGUCAAAGUGGGGAGAAAGUUCCUAAAUUUAAAUGCAGACAGACAAGUUAACAAUAGGAUUUGGAAGCAGUUUACAGCCAGGUGCUGUGGAUAAGGGACUACGGCAGCACGUUCAUAGUAAUAGGGAAAAGUAGGAGAUUGAGCUGAGAUUAAAUUGGGACUGAAGGAGCAAGAAAAUACAAAGCACAUAGAGUAUGAAGAGCUAAGAAUUAACAGGUGAGGCACUUUAGGUCUCUUUUUCCCAGGCAUCUAGGGAAAGUAAUGUGUAUACAAUGUUUACUUGUGGUUUGUUCCAGUAUUGUGGCAAUAAGCCUGAGAGAAAAGCUCUAAGUGAAAUUAAAACCCUACAAGUGGGCAGUGAACCCCACCUGGAAUUUUACACUGUGAGUGCAAUAUGCAAAAGAUUUCAAUCUGGCUCAAGAAGUCCAUAAACUUCAGAUUAUUGGAAGUCUUGGGAGGAAGGAAAUAUGCAUCAAGGACAUCACUGCCAUAUCAUUUCUCAGCUCUAAUACUCUCUAGGUGUUUGGAGUUAGCCACUAUGUGAGGAGAACAGUAUCCUAGAUCAACAUUUAAGGUGAGCCAUUACAGCUGCAUUCAGGAACAUCACCACACUACUGACUUUUCAAAGCAAGUUAUUUAAAGCUCUGUAAAGCACCGUUAUAGUUGGGACAUGAAACUCUGAAGGUUUGCAACUUUGUCUUUUAUAAUCUUUAUUUUGAAAUAAAAUCUUUUUUAUGCUCUUGUA